AUCUGGAUGUGGUGUUUAUGAUGGCACUGAAAUCCACGAAGCUUCAGCCAUAUUGGUCCAUUUGAGCCGUGGAGGAGCCAGUGUUCAGAUGUAUGCUCCAAAUAUUCCUCAGAUGCAUGUUAUUGACCACUGCAGAGGACAGCCUGCUAAGGGUGAAACCAGAAACGUCUUAAUAGAAUCGGCAAGGAUUGCUCGUGGCAAAGUUACAGACCUGAAUAAACUUACUGCAAAAGAUCACGAUGCUGUGAUAUUUCCUGGGGGCUUCGGAGCUGCCAAAAACUUAUCCACCUUUGCUGUGGACGGGAAAGACUGUAAAGUGAAUGGAGAAGUUGAGCGUGUGCUAAAAGAUUUCUACAAAGCUGGGAAGCCCAUUGGUCUGUGCUGCAUUUCACCUGUUUUGGCUGCAAAAGUUCUUCCUGGUACUGAAGUCACGGUAGGACACGAAGAAGAGGAAGGUGGUAAAUGGCCUCACGCUGGAACUGUUGGGACCAUUAAAGCAAUGGGAGGAAAACACCGUGUUAAAGAAGUAACAGAUGCCCAUGUGGAUCCAAACAACAAGGUGGUAACUACUCCAGCCUAUAUGUGUGAAACAGAAGUGCAUCACAUCUUUGAUGGUAUUGGGACUAUGGUAAAACAUGUGUUGAAGCUGACAGGCAAAUGAAAUAGAUGUCCAUGCUAGCAACAUAUUAGUUUGCAGACUUGGCAACACUGAUUUGGUAAUAGGAUUUA